CGUUGGAAUCAGCUGUCAAACAAAAUUGUUUCAAAACAAAUUAGCUUGUCAUCAUAACAGAAAAUGGUAGAUGAAGGUACCAGAAAAACGCUCAGUAGCAUUCCGUUGCUGCAAACGAGGGCCGGCCCUCGUGAAAAAGAUCUCUGGGUUCAACGAUUGAAGGAGGAGUAUCAAUCGUUAAUCAAGUAUGUCCAGAACAACAAAUCUUCCGACUCCGAUUGGUUCCGGCUGGAGUCGAACAAGGAAGGUACCAAGUGGUUCGGGAAAUGUUGGUACAUCCAAAAUUUACUCAAGUACGAAUUCGACGUGGAGUUUGACAUUCCUGUAACGUAUCCCGCGACGGCACCGGAAAUAGCGCUGCCCGAGCUUGACGGGAAAACGGCUAAAAUGUACCGGGGAGGAAAAAUCUGCUUAACUGACCAUUUCAAACCGCUGUGGGCGAGGAACGUGCCGAAAUUUGGUAUUGCCCAUGCAAUGGCUCUGGGGCUUGCACCCUGGUUGGCAGUGGAAAUUCCCGAUUUGAUAGAGAAAGGCAUCGUUGUGUAUAAGGAAAAGGGAGAAACUACCGGCUAAUGUGAAAUGGAGGAUAUGAGUUUUUUAUGUUGAUUGUUUUAAGGUGUAAGUUAUCAAUAUAUGCAAAUCUGGCUGCUGAAA